AUGCACUCGAGCCCGCCCUUCCUGCGGACUCUCAGUGGCGAUGGCUGGAUUCCUCACAAGAACCAUCCAGCAAGACAGUCCGUCGACUCCUCCAAGUUGCGAGAGCAGCUCGGAAGAGUAGGCAGCCUCGGAAACAUGGACUUCAUGCAGAUCCCCUCUGAUUUCGGCAACACCGCAAACGAUUUCGCCGCACUGAACAUGCGUUCUCUGAGAGACGAGAUUGAGAACUCUUUCCUCAGCUACAGCUCUCCCAACUCCUCUCCCCGGAAAGUGGAGGAAGAGAGACCGAGAAGAGAAGAGGCCAUGGAGGAUAGUGCACCAGUCAUCUCAGGGAGCCUCGAGCUCCUUUCAGAGCAGGGCAGUGUCAAUGGCAUGCAGGUCCUUUGCUCCAUCUCGAGUGAUGGCUCGUUUCGCAUCUUCGAGGGGAAGAGGAGGACUGCGAUCGCCGAGCUGCGACUGGUCGAGACGGUCGUGGGCUUCAGGAGGAGCGACACCAGGGGCUUCAUCCUGACCAGCAACAAGCGGUUCCUCUUCGAUGCCUCCAAAAGCCAGGAGUGCUUGUUCAUCCACUGCGACGAAGAGGAGCAGGGGGACUGGCUGGCCGCCAUGGUAAAGCUGGGGGCUGCGUCGGUGGAGAUGGACGGAGAGGAGGAGGCGGAGGCUCCCCGGGGGCCGAGAGGAGCACGCGGGACGAGGGAGCGAGGGGAGAGCAAGUCGAUGUCGCCCGAGCCUCGAGGGUUCUUGUCGAGAUUUUUGUAG